AUGGUCAAUGGGGCGGCACACGGCUUUUUCAAGUCUUUCAGGGGACUUCGUCAGGGGAACCCGCUCUCCCCUGCACUAUUUGUUAUAGCAGCAGAGGUUCUCUCAAGAGGGUUGAAUAAUCUGGCGGUCCAGCCGUCAUAUCUAGGAUUCACGGUACCUCAAGGUUGCCCAGGGGUAACCCACUUAGCGUUUGCGGAUGAUGUGUUAAUCCUUGCUAAUGGAUCCGCGACAGCUCUUCGUCGUGUUAUGAGGGUACUGGAUGCGUAUCAGAGGUCUUCCGGUCAAAUGCUCAACGUUCAAAAGAGUGGUUAUUUGGUCCACCCGUCUCUGUCCGUCGCUCGUCGUAGGGUAAUUGAAAGUAUUACGGGGUUCUCGCGGCAGGCAUUUCCCACCCGCUACUUAGGAUUCCCCUUGUACAUUGGCAGGUUGAUGCCCAAAGCAGUGUUUAGAAUCAUCGAGAGAGCUUGUGCUAACUUUUUAUGGGGCUCAUCGGAGGAGGGCUUCAGGUACCAUUGGAUAGGUUGGAAUAAAUUGUGUUUUCCACCUGAGGAAGGAGGUGUGGGGUUUCGACGACUCAGGGAUGUAUAUACAGCUUUUUCAUACAAGCUAUGGUGGCAGUUUCGGACAGGGUCGUCUCUCUGGACUACCUUCAUGCGCGCAAAGUAUUGUUGGGGAAUUCAUCCCUGCCAGGCGGAGCGCAAGCUAUUUGCUUCAGCAACUUGGAGGCGGAUGCAGGAUGUAAGUCGACAGGUCGAGCUCUCCAUGCUGUGGUUGGUUCAGGAUGGGUCGUGUCAUUUCUGGUACGAUAAUUGGUUGGGGAGUGGCGCUUUAUUUCUCAGGGCUCCAGUUGUGUUGAAUCUAUCUUUCAGGGACUUCAUCAUUCAGGGUCACUGGAAUGUCCAUCUUCUGUCUCAGGUGCUUCCAAUGGAUAUUACUGCUGUGGUGCUGAGUAAGUCGGUUCCUGAUGAACAGAGUGCGGAUGAGGUAGUAUGGAUGCCGGCAAGGUCUGGCAAGUUCUCCUUAGCCUCGGCCUAUCAGGAGGUUGCAGAGGCAGUCUGGGGGUUUUUUGAGGGGCUGUGUGGCAUCUCUAGUUCAGUUCCGUACGUGCGGGCCCGUCUCGCUUCUUGGUGGUUGGCCUCACCCAGAUUGAAGAGACGGCAGGCUAUCUACCAUAUUCUGUCGAGCCUUAUCUGCUGGCAUCUUUGGAAGGUGAGGAAUCGUGCAGUUUUUGAAGGUAUUCAGCCGCAAUCCAGUUCCAUUUGUCAGGUUAUCUUUCGGGAGACUAAGGUUUUGCUUGAAGGUCAGCUUAGGGAGCGGGUUGAGGCCCAGUCAUUCUUGCAGUUGUGUGAAUGGGCAACUCAGCCACGUGGGAGGUUUGGCUUUAAAUUGUGUCCUUGGCAUAUUCGUGGGGAGGUCCGGCAGAUUUGGAACCUGGUUAGGGACCCGUCUAGAUUCUCUCAUUGCUUCAGGGAGGCUAAUAAGGUAGCAGAUGCUUUGGCUAAUAUAGAGGUAGCCCACCCUCAUCAAGCUGUUCAGCUCUAUGAGCACUGGAGUGAUUGGCCGCAGCUGGCCCGUGGAGGUGUUAGCCUCGAUAGCAUGUGGGUCCCUUCCCUUAGGACGGUGCGAAACCCCUAA